AUGGAACAUGUGACAGUCCACUGGGGAGAGAUGCCUGAGUCACAGAAUGUUGGAGUAGAAGUCAUACCAGUAGAACUGAGAAAUUUUCUUAUUCUUAAGGCUGCAAAACCAGAUCCACUUAUGCUUCAUCAGCCAUGUAAGCAAGAUGAUGACUUGUCUGAGGUUCCAUUGGAAUGCAUUUGCCCAGACAAUGUUGUGUUACAUACAAUUCAACUCUUGCAACAUUCUAAGAAAGUACAAAGUUUGAUGAUAUUGGCUCAUCAACAAGCAGAACAAAAUAAUGAAAAUGACUUUGACGUAACAGAAACUCUUCCUCCAGCACCUCCAAUCCCAGAGAUGCCAGAAAGAAUUCGGAAAUGUGAAUAUAAUUACCCUUUUAGGUAUAUGGAGAAGAAAUCUAGCAUGUUUGCUGAAGGGCAGGGAUCACCAACACCUAGACUAAACGCGAACACUGUGAAGAAGAUCUUACGAAAAUCAGUUGCAACAAUUUUGGCUCAUAUAGGAUAUGAUAAUACUUCUCAGUGUGUUUUGGACACAUUGACAGAUGUGAGUGAGGAAUAUAUCCAAAAGUUUACUCGUCUGCUUCGGGUUGCAGUAGACCAGGAGAACAUAUCUGGUUCUACAGGUUUUCCAGAUUCCAUGGAACGUGUAUUUUAUGAGAUGGGCGUGGGUAGUGUAAAAACUCUACAUGGGUUUUAUCAGACAAGAGUGCUAAAGUAUCAUGAGAUGAUGAUAAAUAAAUGUAACAGUCUUCAGGAUGAAUAUGCUAGUCUUGCAUUGCCAGUUCUAAGACCUACAAGUGACAGUGAGAUUAGGUGUGGGCCCAGUGAGACUGUAAGUGAAGAAGACAUUCCAGAGAUUCAUUUCCCAGCACUGGGUGAUGGCUACUCAGCAGAUGAGUUGCAGCCGUCUCUUGAACCGGGCUUCCAAAUGUUGCACAGCUUGGAGCAGGAGGAGCAGUGA